GAGUUGUGUUUCUAUGUUUACACACACAUUACAUUAAAAUAUGUAGAGAGUGGAUAGACAUAGGACUCUAUUUAUUAGACUUGUUCACUUUGGUCUCUCUUAUUCAUCUCUCUCUUUUUCUCUCUUUUUAUACUCCUCCAAGGCCCUCCUCCCUUUCCACCAUUAUUUUUCAACUAACAGUCAAAAAUGGAGCUUGCUCUCAGCUUAGGCGAUGCUCCAAAGCAGUUUCUCUUCCUUGACAAAACCCCAAGCAUGGGUAGCAACAAGGAUCUAGGGUUUUGCAUGGCCCUAGGAAGCAGGGAAAGCCGUGAAGGUUAUGAUCAAGAAGAUGAGAGUAGUCGAAGAAGAAGAAGGGUUUCAUCAGAUCCACCUAUUCAGCUCAAUCUCUUGCCUUCUGCCCCGGUUAUGAAGACUUCUUCUCAGCUUCGCUUCCCCUGGCUCACUGAUAACUUGGCAGUGUCCGAACCGGCCGGUCUAGAUGAACCAGGAAAGGGGCUGGAUGUAAAUCGGUUCCCCUUGGUGGCGGGUACGGCCGAUGAGGCAGAAGACGCGGCGGCGCAGCUCUCUUCUCCGAACAGCACCGUGUCGUCGUUCCAGAUGGAUUUCGGUGUUAGGAGAAGCAAGAGAGACUUGGAUUUGGAGGUGCUCGAGACGGAGAGAGCGAGUUCAAGAGCGAGUGACGACGACGAGAACGGGUCGACUCGGAAGAAACUCAGGCUCUCCAAGGACCAAUCGGCUUUUCUUGAAGAGAGCUUCAAAGAACACAGCACCUUAAAUCCCAAGCAAAAAAUAGCUCUGGCAAAACAGUUAAAUCUUCGUCCCCGCCAAGUGGAAGUGUGGUUUCAGAAUCGAAGAGCAAGGACCAAGCUGAAGCAAACAGAAGUAGAUUGUGAGUACUUAAAGAGGUGCUGCGAAACACUGACAGAAGAGAACAGAAGGUUACAAAAGGAACUGCAAGAAUUAAGAGCCUUGAAAACCUCUCAACCUUUCUACAUGCAGCUUCCUGCCACCACUCUCACAAUGUGUCCCUCCUGUGAGCGCGUCGUCACUACCGCCUCCCCCAACACUACUACCACCAACCCAACCACCAACACCACCAUCAAGUCUUCUUCUCCUUCUUCUGGUCUAACCAAUAACCAUUCAAGGUUACACAGUCACGUUCCCUUUGCUCAAGCCCAGGCUCACAUGCAGCCUCAGGUCCAAGCUAACAAAGGUGCUGCAUGAUUGAGAUCGAUCUUUUAGAAGAUCUUUCUAGCUUGUUACUCCAUUAAACAAUCCAUUUGUAUAUAUUUUUGGGUUUUGGAGUUGGUUUUACUUUUAUUUGUUUAUUUUUGGGGGGUUUUCCCGAUCUUCGUCUCUGUGGUUUCUCUUCUUUAGAGUUUUAGAAAUCAGAGACUAGUUGGAGAAGGGUGAUCAUGAUAUAUAUUUGUUUAUUGAGAAGGAUGAGAAAGUAGGAACGAUUUUGGUAGAAAUCAACGAACCCCCUUCAUUUGUGUUUUUUUUUUUUUUCCUUUACUUAAUUAAAAUUUCUUGUGUAUUGAUUGCACUAGUAUUUUUCGUUAUUAUUUGUUAUUGGAGAUGAUCGAUUUUAGAUA